AUGAUAUAAAAAAUUACAAAAAUCUUUAAGUCUUAAUCUGACUUUACAAAGAAAUUAGAAUAGUGCAGUUUAACUAAGGAUAAUUUUGUUUUUAGACAAGAGGACAUAGAUUUAAUCCUAUAAUACAUGAUUGAUGAAAAAUUUAUCAAAGAAUUCUUUGAUGUCUACAUUUCUCAAGAAAUGCAAACAUAUACAAUUAAAAUGAAAAUGCUCAUUAUCAUUCAUUAAAUAAUAAAUUUAAGUGAGGAGUUCUCAUCAAUAUUCAAUACAAUACGUUUUCAUAAUUUUAAUAAACUAAAGCAUUGCAAUAGAAAUAAUGAAGCUUGGUUACUUUAAUCAAUAUAAAUACCAUUUUUGCAAUAUUUACAAAAAUUGUCAAUAAAUAUAAAAGACAUUAAAAGUUAUAGAACAUGUUUGUUUAGAAAAUAAAUUCUAAAUACAAAGUAUUAAAUCCUUAACUUCAUAGUUUGGUAAUCGAUAGUUUUAAAUUAAUAAAUAUCGUGAAUCAAGCUUUGUCAUUAGUACCAAAUUUAAAAAUUGCUUUAACAAAUUAUCCUUAUGAUUUUUUAUUAAAAAGGACUGCCUAUAAUAUCUAUUUAGAGAUUCAUACAUUCCAAAGAUAAUUAAUAAAUUCAUUAUCUGCAUUACUCAAUGAAAAUUCAUAAGCAAAAGAAGUUGAGAUAUAUGAAUUUCUAAAAGAAGUAUAUAUUUGCAGUACUUAUAUCAGGUUUAAGCUAUUGAAUAGAAAAUGAUGUUCUUUUAUUAAUUUCAUAAAAAAUUUGAUCCAAGUCAAACAUUAAUACCUCCAUUGAAAUUAAAAAUAGAUGUAGAGAGUGCUAGAUGUAUAGAAAGGUCUGCAAUUUAGGAAAGAGAAGUGUGUCAAUAAUUAAGAUAAGCAAAAACUAAAAGAGAAAUUUGUAGUUCUUCUCCAAUUAUAGAUUAUUAACUUAGUUGUGAAAGGGGGAAAAGAGGACCAUAAUAUUAGCAUCUUGUAUUAUAAAUGAACACUCAAGGAAAUUAAGCAAUAGUUUGGGAUUAAUAAUAAACAUUUUAAGAAGGAGUAGAUACUCACACUGAUGAGAAAGCAAUAAAAGAAGAAUAAAACAGUGAAUACAUAAAAAAAUGA